UAUAAAGGCUGCACUGGAUCCGUCCUGAUAGUUACUCCUGCAGAAUGAAGUCCCUUCUCCUCAGCUUAGUGGCGGCCACGGUGCUCGGGGUGGUGAUGUCUCUUCCCUUCCAGCGAGGAAAGAAACUGGAGCAACUCAUCCCUCUUGCCCGCAGCCUGGGGGCGACGAAGUUCGCCCACUUCGUUCGCGAAGCCAACCUGACAGCUAACUUCACAAGGAAGGCCGGGAACUUCACCCUGUUCGUGCCGGACAACGCGGCCUUCGAGGGUCUGUCUAAAAACAUCACACGCAACAAGACUCUGCUGGCACAGCUCGUCCUCUUCCACUCAGUCAACGGAACCUACAACAGAUCCGAGCUGAUCCGGAACAAGAACCUAACGACGCUGUCGGGGGGAUUCCUGUACUUUAACCACACUAAGAAAAAGGUAGUGCUUGUGAACAACGUCACUAUCACUGGAUUCAACAAGCGAGCCUCGAACGGGUUCAUCUUCCUUGUGAGCAAGGUCAUACUGGAGGGAUCAGGUCUGGUGAACAAAACUAACAACAAGAAGUCUGGACAAGUCCGCCGUCAAGCAUAUGUCUUGUGUCGUAAUGGCACAUGGGGUGUCAACUGUACUAUCCAUGGCAACGGUACCCAUGGCAACGGUACCCAUGGAAACUACACACACAUUACAAACACUGUCAGUCAGCCGAUUGUGCAUGCCAGCGGCAGAUUAUGUCGCAACGGGUUCUUGGGUAUCAACUGUACUCAACAUGGAAACGGCACUCAUGGAAACGGUACCCAUGGCAACGGCACAUUGUGCCGUAACGGAUUCUGGGGUAUCAACUGUACCCACUAUGGGAACGGUACCCAUGGAAACGGUACCCAUGGCAACGGCACAUUAUGCCUCAACGGGUUCUGGGGUAUCAACUGUACUCGCUAUGGGAAUGGUACCCAUGGCAACGGUACCCAUGGCAACGGUACCCAUGGCAACAUGACGCAUGGCAGCAUCACUCAUAUUCUAAGCCUGGGCUAUGGUCAGUACAGUACCUUGAUUGCGGACUUGAUGAAAUCUGGCGUCUGGAGCGAGCUCGAGAGGCCUCAAGUGACCCUCCUCGCGCCAACCAAUGCAGCGUUCAGCAAGCUCCCGACAGCCUACAGAAACAACCUUGACAAUCACGCCAAAUUCCUGGAGAGUACCAUGAUGUACCACGUCCUGGACGGCAUCCACGCCCCCACCUCUCUGCACCAGAACGACAUGCUCACCUCCCUAGAGGGACAUCGUAUCCACGUCUCCAUGCAGAACGGUCACGUGCAGCGGUUCAACAAAGCCAGCAUCCUGAACGUGAUUCACGCCACCAACGGCGUCAUCUACGUCCUGGACGGCGUCCUACACCUACCCAGCAACCCUAUUGUGUGAAGUAGAGCUGAUGUACAAUGUUGAAAUAAAGAAUUACUGCAUACGCUGACAA